AUGAAAGAUUAAAUUAACAAAUUAAUUAGAAUUUCAAUAUCAAAACUUUCAUUAAUUCCUUUAAUAUCAAAAUUAAAUGAUGAUUUAAGUAAUUUAAAAUUAGAGAUUAACAAAAUUAAUUAAAUUAAAUCCAAUAAUCCUGAAAAUAUCAAAAAUGUUCAAUCUCUAGGAGAAAAAACUAAAAUAAAAAUAAUUGUUUAAGAAAAUAAAGAAAAAGAUUAAGAAAUUAAUUAAUAUAUUAAUUAAAUCAAAUAACAAUAAGAUUAAAUAUAAGUUUAAUUAGAAUAAAUAAACUAAUUUAAAUAAGAGUAGGAAUAUUUAAAUUAACAAAUAGAAAAAUAAAAAUUAUAAAAUUAAAAAUUAAAACAAUAAAUAGAAUAAUAUUAAUCAUAGCAAUCAAAUUAAUUAUAAUAAUUUUAAUAAUAAUAGAAUCAAUAUUAUCCUUAAAUAUAAAAUUAACCCACACCAUUUUAAUAAAAUAUAGACUCUUCAUAUUAAAAAGUGUCAUUUCAAUUUAUAAAAAACUAUUAAGUUAAUAUUAAAAAUGAUGGAAAGAUAGCAUCAGCAGCAGGUGGUGGUGAUGUUUUGUGCGAGCCUAGCAUUCCAUUAAAUCAAAAUGUAAAAUUUGCAUUUCGAGUUAUAAAAAUAGAUGGUUAAAUUAAUUUAGGUUUCGGUUUAAAGGAUUAAUAUGGAUAGCCAAAAAACAGAUAGUUAUAUGAAUAAUACUUUUAAUUUAAUAAGAAGGAUACUGUUUUACUUGACAUAAGAAUGAAUGAGAAAAAAUUAAUCGCUUAAAACCUAAGAUCAUCAUAACAAGGAGUAAAUAAAUAACAUAAUAAUAUAGCAAUUCUCAAUUGACACUGACACUUCACAAGCUUUAUAUCUUGUAGUUUUUCUAGUUCAUUCUUGUAUUGAAAUAGUCGAUGAUUAUUGA